AUGGCAGGCGACUUUUCAGGCUGCACUGCACGGAAGAAAAAUCGGGCCCAAUCCAUCGAAUACAAUCCGGUCAAGACGGAUGGCAGCGGAGAAAAUUCCAAGCAACCGACGAACCCGCUAACCACCCGAAGUGGGCUGCGGGUGUACAAGAUAGUCAUCCUGGGCGACGGAGGCGUUGGAAAGUCGGCCGUUACGCUCCAGUUCGUGAGCCACAGCUUCCUGGACUAUCAUGAUCCGACGAUUGAGGAUUCGUACCAGCAGCAGGCCGUUAUCGAUGGGGAGGCCGCCCUGCUCGACAUACUGGACACGGCCGGACAGGUGGAGUUUACGGCCAUGCGUGACCAGUACAUGCGGUGUGGGGAAGGUUUCAUCAUCUGCUACUCGGUAACGGAUCGGCACAGCUUUCAGGAAGCGUCCGAGUACCGGAAGCUGAUCGCACGCGUCCGGCUAACGGAAGACAUUCCGCUGGUGCUGGUGGCGAACAAGCUCGAUCUGCAAUCGCAGCGGAAGGUAACGACGGAGGAGGGCAAAACGCUGGCAAAACAGUUCGGCUGCCCGUUCUAUGAAACGUCCGCCGCCCUGAGACACUACAUCGACGAAGCGUUUUUCUCGCUGGUUCGUGAAAUAAGGCGAAAGGAGGAACAGCGGGCACUGAACGGUGGAUCAAGCUCGGAAAAGAUACACCCAAGGCGGCGCAGCCGCUGGUGGCGGUUACGGUCAAUAUUUGCGCUCGUCUUUAGACGCCGACGAAAUGCUACCGGUAUCAAUCAAUAA